AUGGACGAGGAGAAGCAGCAGACGGGUCCUUCCGCUGCGGCUGCAGGCCCUGCUGGACGACUCGGUCUUGCACCGAUCAAGCCUGAGCUGGUGGACAACCAAAACUUUGAGGGACAGUUCAACUUUGGCCGACUGGUUGUCAUUCUGAGUGUUCUUGCCUUCACCUUGUUUGUUUCGUUCUUGGACCAGACAAGCGUAUCAACAGCGCUGCCUGCCAUUGCGACGGAUCUUAACGCAUUUGAAACCAUAUCCUGGAUCGGCACAUCCUUUCUCAUCGCGAACACUUCGUUCCAGCUCAUAAAUGGAAGGUUGAGCGACAUUUUUGGUCGGAGAACAUGUCUCAUCAUCUGCAUGGUCCUUCUUGCCGUCGGCGACCUCAUGUGUGGGUUCGCCAAGUCCGCUGUUGCUUUGUACACGUUUCGUGGCAUAGCUGGAAUAGGUGCGGGUGGGAUCAAUAGUUUGGUCAUGAUUAUAUUUUCCGACCUUACGACACUCCAGCAGCGCGGCAAAUACCAAGGGCUUAUGGAAGUCAACAUUGCGCUUGGCAAUGGCGUCGGCCCGUUGAUUGGAGGUGCUUUCUCUCAAUCGAGAGCGGGCUGGAGAUGGACCUUUUGGUUCGUCGUCCCUGUGACGGUACUAGCGGGUAUUGCAGUAUUUCUGGUGAUACCUCAGAGCCAGACGUCUCAGGGAAGGACGAUAGACAAGGUCAAAAUGAUAGACUACCCAGGCAUGCUCCUGAGCUUAGCCGGCGUCAUCUUCCUUCUCAUCCCCAUCUCCGGCGGCGGCACCACCUACGACUGGUCCUCGGCCCUCGUCAUCAGCUUCCUCGCCAUCGGCGCCAUCCUCAUCACCGCCUUCAUCAUCGUCCAAUACCGCUUCGCGCGGCACCCGACCAUGCCCUUCCGCCUCUUCGAGCGCACCUCGGCCAAGAUCCUCUUCGCGCACAACUUCGCCUCGGGCGUCGUCUACUACACGGACCUGUACUACCUCCCGCUCUACUACCAAGUCAUCCUCGACAAGACGCCCCUCAUCUCCGGCGUCCUCAUCCUGCCCCUCAUCCUCGGCUUCUCGCUCGCGUCGGCCGCCGGCGGCUUCGCCAUCUCCCGCCUCGGCCGCUGCCUGCCCGUCAUCCGCACCGGCUACGUGCUGUGGACGGCGGGCGCGGGCGGGCGCGUCGCGUUCGGGCCGCGCACGGGCAUCGCCACCAUCGCGGGGUGCCUCGUCGUCGAGGGCGUGGGGCUGGGGCUGAGCAUGCAGCCCGUCAUGAUCGCGCUGCUGAGCAACACGCGCAAGGAGGACCGCGCGGUGGUGACGGGCCUGCGCAACUUUUUGCGCACCGUCGGCGGCGCCGUCGGGCUCGGCAUCGCGGCGGCCAUCAUCAACAACGUCUUGCUCGAGCACCUGCCCGCGGGGCUGCCGCGCGAGGCCGCGUCGCAGCUGUCGGUGCUGCUGGAUACGCUGCCGGUGGCGGAGAGGGCAGAGGUCGUGGCGGUUUAUAUGAGGGGGUUGCAUGUCGUGUUUAUUCUGGGCGCGCCGCUGAUAGGGGCUUGUUUGAUUAGUAGUGCGUUUUUGACGGAUGUGCCGCUCGCGACGGCGCAUGAUAAGUAUAAGAACGAGGGAGGAGGUGAAGGGGUGGCGUUGGCGGAGCGAGGUGUCGGGGCGGCUGAGAAAAGAAAGCAAAGUGACGGGGCCGUUGAGGCGGAUGCGGGAGAAGGGGCGUCAGCGGUUGCUGCUGAAGGAGAGACAGGAGAACAAAUCCUAGUCAGGCCGGGGAGAGAAGGGCACAAUAGCGGGUAA